AUGUUAUUUUUUAUCUCUCUCUCAUAUUCCUUAUUUCUCUCUUCUACUUCCUCUCACUCCCUUCUUCUUUACUCUCUUUAUCUUCAUUUCGCUCUUCUUAUAUGUCUAUUUUUCUUCUCUUUUUCUUCUCUCUCUUCUUCUUCUUCUUCUUGUUUCUCGCCAUUCUUUUCUUUCCCUCUCAUCUUCUUUCUCUCUCUCUCUCUCUCUCUAUUUCUUCAUUCUUUCUCUAUUCCCGUACUUUCUCUCUUCUUUCAUUUUCUCUUAUCCUUUCUCUCUCCCCUCUUCUUUAUCUCCUUCUUCUCUCUCUAUCACUCCUUCUUCUUCUCGCUCUAUCUCUCCUUUUUCUUCUUUCUAUCACUUCUCCUUUUUCAUUCACUUCUUCUUUCUCUCCCUCGUCUCCUUUUUCUUCUUUCUCUCUCUUAUUCUUCUUUUCUAUCCUUUACUCCUGUCUCUCUCUCUCUCUCUCUCUCUCAUCUUCUCAUUUAUCUUCUCUUCUUCUGUAUCUUUGUCUUCUUCACUUUUAUCUUCUUUUUCUUUCACUUCUUUAUCUCUUUUUCUUCCAUUCUCUUCGUUUUUCUGUCUUUUCGUCUUGCUCUUCUUUCUAUGUCUUCUUCUUUCAUUUUCUACCAUCUUCUUCUUCUUCUUCUUCUUCUUCUUCUUCUUCUUCUUUCUCUCCCCCUUCUUGUCCUUUCUCUCCCCUUCUUCUUCUUCUUCUUCUUUCUCCCCCCUUCUUGUCCUUUCUCUCCCCUUCUUCUUCUUCUUCUUCUUUUCUCUCCCCCCUUCUUGUCCUUUCUCUCCCCUUCUUCUUCUUCUUCUUCUUCUUCUUCUUCUUCUUUCUUUCCCCCCUUCUUGUCCUUUCUCUCCCCUUCUUCUUCUUCUUCUUUCUCCCCCCCCUUCUUGUCCUUUCUCUCCUUCUUCUUCUUCUUCUUCUUCUUCUUUCUCCCCCCCCUUGUCCUUUCUCUCCUUCUUCUUCUUCUUCUUCUUCUUCUUUCCCCCCCUUCUUGUCCUUUCUCUCCCCUUCUUCUUCUUCUUCUUCUUCUUCUUCUUUCUCCCCCCUUCUUGUCCUUUCUCUCCCCUUCUUCUUCUUCUUCUUCUUCUUCUUCUUUCUCCCCCCCCUUCUUGUCCUUUCUCUCUCCUUCUUCUUCUUCUUCUUCUUCUUCUUCUUUCUCCCCCUUCUUGUCCUUUCUCUCCCCUUCUUCUUCUUCUUCUUCUUCUUCUUCUUCUUCUUCUUCAUCAUCUUCUUCUUCUUCUUUCUCUCCCCUUCUUGUCCUUUCUCUCCCCUUCUUCUUCUUCUUCUUUCUCCCCCUUCUUGUCCUUUCUCUCCCUUCUUCUUCUUCUUUCCCCCCCCUUCUUGUCCUUUCUCUCCCCUUCUUCUUCUUCUUCUUUCUCUCCCCUUCUUCUUCUUCUUCUUUCUCCCCAUUCUUGUCCUUUCUCUCCCCUUCUUCUUCUUCUUCUUCUUCUUUCUCCCUUCUUCUUCUUUCUCUCCUUCUUCUUCUUUCUCUCUCUUUGCUUCUUCUACUCUCUCACUUCUUUUUAUUCUUCUUUUACUUUUUCUCCCCUUCUUUUCUCUCUUUCUAUAACUCUCCUUUCUUUUUCUUUCCUCUUUCACUCUUCUUUCUCUUUCGUCUUCUUAUUUCUCUCUCUUUUAUAUCUCUCUUUUUCUUCUUUCUCUCUGUUCAUCUUUCUCUUUUUCUUCUUCUUUCUCUUUUUCUCUUUCUUCAUUCUCUCUUUUUUUCACCACUUUCUCACUUCUUCACUCUCUCUUCUUCCUCUUUCUAUAUCUCUUUUCUUUUUCUUUCUUCUUCUCCUCCUCCUCCUCCCCCCUCUCUCUCCUUCUUUAUCCCUUUCAUUCUUUUUCUUUCUCUGUCUCCCAUUCAUCAUCUUUCGUUUUCUUUCUUCUUCUCUUACACUCUCUUUUUCUCUCACUACUUCUUUUUCUUCUUUUUCCCCCUCUCUUUUCUCCUUUCUCUCCCUUCUUCUUUAUGUCUUCUUUCUCUCUCUCAUCUUCUUUCUAUCACUUCUAUCUCUCUGUUCUUCUUCUUCUUCUUCUUCUUCUUCUUCUUCUUCUUCUUCUUUCUACCGUCUAUCUCUUUAUUUUCUCAUUUCUCUCUCUUCUUCUCACUCUCUUCUUCUCUUUUGUUCUUCUAUCUUCUUCAGUCUUCUUUCUCUUCUUUUUCUUCUCUCUUCUUCUUUCUCUUGCUCUUCUUCUUCUCACUUCCUUCUUCUAUCUUUAUCUAUUCUUCUUGUUCUCCUCUCUUCUUCUCUCACUCUCUCUAUACUUAUUCUUCUUCUUCUUCUCUCUCUCUCUAUCUCUCCUCUCAUAAUCAAUGCGUACUCCCCCUUCCCCACAGCCUAUAA